AAUUCUCCAAUCUGUCCAAUUCCCCUUCUAGUGUUUUCCGAUCGCCUGAAUCGCGCGGACUGACCAGAACGGUUAAUAACGAUGAAGGUGACUGUGACCACUCUCAGUGACGACAUCUUCGUCCUGGAUGUUAGCGAGGAACUGGAAUUGGAGAAUUUCAAGGCAUUCUGUGAGAUCGAGAGCGGCGUCCCAGCACACGAGAUCGUGAUCGCAUUCAACGGCCUCCCCCUGAUGGACGAUAAAAAAUCGCUGAGGGAUCAUGGGAUCAGGGACGGUGACGCGGUGAUUUUGCAGCACAUGCACCAGAGCGGCACCAACUUAAACCUUCACCCCUUUAACGGAGCUGUUCCCAUGUUGGACUUCAGUUCCAUCAGAGUGCCAGGAGCAUCCAAUAACAGACAACCUACCACCUCAAAUAAUGCUGCAAGAGUACAAAAUCCUAGAAGCGAGGAUGAUCCAGCAAUGAUAAGAGAUACGCUCUUAGCUAAUCCGGAUCAGCUAGCAUUGCUCGAACAGAAUAAUCCUAGACUAGCUCAUGCCUUGCUAACUGGAAAUCUUGAGAUAUUCUCCAAUGUACUCAGAGAGCAAAUAAAAGCUCGAGAAGAGCGUCAGGCUCAAAAAUUGAGGAUGAUGAAUGCAGAUCCGUUUGAUACGGAAGCACAGAGGCUAAUUGCAGAUGAAAUUAGGCACAAAAAUAUUGAAGCCAACAUGGCAGCUGCAAUGGAAUACAAUCCAGAAACGUUUGGAACAGUUGUUAUGUUAUAUAUUAAUUGUAAAGUCAAUGGAUUUCCUGUUACAGCAUUUAUUGAUUCAGGUGCACAAAUAACUAUAAUGUCUGCUGCCUGUGCGGAAAGGUGCCAUAUAAUGCGACUAGUUGACCCAAGAUGGGAUGGAGUGGCCAAGGGUGUUGGAACUCAACGCAUUAUAGGACGUAUACAUAUGGUACAAAUUCAGAUUGGCAAUGAUCACUUGACAACGUCAUUCAGUGUUCUUGAAGAACAAUCUAUGGACAUGUUACUGGGUUUGGAUAUGUUGAAGAGGCAUCAGUGUUGCAUAGACUUGAAGAAAAAUGUUCUGAAGAUAGGUACCACUGGCACUGAAACAUCAUUUUUAGCAGAAGGUGAGUUGCCCGAGUGUUCAAGGUUGAGCGGCAACAAUGAAGGGGUCUUUGAUGAUAGAGAACUUCAAAGAGCUUUUGAGGACAGUUCUAGAGAAGCAAAGAAGCAACAUCAGCAAAAUGACGGUCAAGGAAGCAAUAAUCCAACCGGGAUGUCGAGCAGACCAACUGCACUAGAAACAACACUCCAGUCUCAAGAUCCUUUUACGGAGGAAACAGUCGAGGAAAUCGUGGCCUUGGGUUUUACCAGGGCGCAAGUUAUCGCGGAAUUGCGCAGAUUUCAUGGAGAUAAAACGCAAGCCACUGCUGUGUUAUUCCUGAAAUCGUUAAAAUUUGAAGGCAACGAAGAAGCAGAACUGAACUUUUAAAUCUUCGAAUAGCAAAUCGAAGAGAUAAGAGAAUUUGUACUUUUUUUUGGUAGCGAUUUUCAAUAACAAUGAUUAUACAUUUGAUGCACCAAAUGACCAAUAACGCUCAGACAAAGGUGGUAUCACAUCUGUGCUCUGGUAUCUAACUAUAAUUACCGCAAUACGCAUAAGUUUAGGAACAGUAUAGAAAGAAUUAUAAGGUUCUAAGUUAGUCGACUAGUUCUUUUUUGUGGAGGUAAAUCAGAAGUUAUGUUACAUUCGUCGGCGCUCUUAAUACUUUUAACUAGUUCAAAUCCAUUUAGGAAAUAGAGACGUGAAAGCAUAGUCUUUGUUUACGAACGUCCCAGGCUUUGCGACCAAAUCAGCUUGCCUCUGGAAGUUAGUUCCUCCGUAAUUUAUUGAAUAAAUAAACUUUGUAAUGCUAAAUGAUCGUUAAAGAUCAAACAGUCCAAGGGUUUUCCAUUCAUUUUUUUCUAUUUUACGAGGCAGGAAAGAAAACACAAGCAAAACUCACGAGUGGGAACCUUUUAUUAUACUUUUAGGUGACCGUUCAUUGAGUCUGCACAACGGACAACAUGAAUUUUGUACUGUUACUACCUGUUUAGGGUAUAUGGUAUUUUUCUGUAUUUUCUUAUUAUAUCGAUUAAAAAAAAAAAGGAAGAAAAUAUAACAACGUAAUUCACCCGUG